CUUUGAUAGACAUGCGCAUUCUCUUGUUUCGCUUUUAAUAAAUUGGGAAAGAACAGAUGAAAGGAAGUUUUGGAAAGCAAAUUGUUAUGUAGCUUGACACCUGAAAUCAAAGAAAGCCUGACAAAGAAGAAGAGAUGGCUUCCUCGGGAGGUGAAGAAAUCCCUCUUCAAAGAGUAUGGAGUAGAGUACAUAUUGAUGUCAGACAUUUAGAUCAGAAAAUUGAAACAAUAGUAAUAAGUCAAAGCGAUUUGGUGUACAAACUUCAGUUUGCAUUAUUAGGUGAGAAUAUGAAAAACUCUCUUCUUCUUAGACUCAAGACAAAAGGAAUCAGUAUGAAAGUACAGGAAAACAGAGAAUCUGUUUUAGUUGAGUUGCAGAAACAGUUGCCAAGAAAUGAAGUAAUAAAUGCUGUGGAAAAUGCCCUUGCAGGUCUAAUGAUUAAAAAGUACAUAUUUGCAAAUGAGCAGGAGUUCAGUCAGUUUUUAGACACUUUAAAAGAAAUUUGUAGAGAAUUUUUAUUAAAUGGCACUGUUGUAUUGCUCUUUGAUUCAUCAGAAGACAGUUCAAUAUUAAAUGUGGUUGGACUUGAAGGAGAUGUUGUUGCUUUAGAAGAUAUAUAUGGAGCUGAAGUUGAAAAAGAAAACUAG